AUGGACGAGAGAUGGAUUGCUGCUGCUGUGAUAUUCCUGAUGUCACUACAUGGAUUGAUUCUCAAUAUGACUGUAGCUAUUUUUGCUAGCAGAGUGACUUCUCUGAAAAAUGCAUUCGGUCGGCUUUCAGUCAGCCAAGCCGCUGGGGAAGCUGUGUUUUGUUCCAUGUACAUUUUCUAUUACACAUUAAUGGUCUUCUUUGACAUUUCUGCGAUGAUGGACAAGUCAAACUACGCCGGAGUUAUUCUUAGUGCCACUUAUAGCAUCUGCAGUCUAUCCCACCUUCUCAUUGCCUUGAAUAGAUUGUGUGCUAUAUGCGCACCAACGCGCUAUGAUAUUAUUUUCAGUGUCUCUAACACCAAUGCUAUGGUGAUUGUUACUUGGACGGUGGCAGCACUCUCGACCGUCUUCAUAAACUCAUACAGUGGUUGCUCAUUUAUGUACAAAGAUGAAUUUUAUACGUUCACUUUUGUUUCAAAUGAGCGAACAUUCUGCUUUGAAGCUCGUAAUCUCUACUCUUCCAAAGACUUCACCAUCCUAGCCUUAACGUUAUUGUUUGACUUAGCAACUAUAAUAGCAGUGAGACGCACUGCAAAAGCAACGAAAAAUAUGAGUGGCGAAGUUUAUGCGAACCAUUUGAUGGAACUCAAACUAUUGAAGCAGGCUGUAGCCCAAGCUGCAGCUUUUGCGGUGCAAAUCUCGUGCGUAGCAUUUUUCUCCAUGGUAUCUGAUAGCAAAUGGAUGAUAUGGGCGUUUACAGCUGUCGCAUGGAAUCUGCUGCACUUGAUUGAUCCAGUUAUCAUCAUAGCAUUCAACAAAGAAUUUCGACGGUUGAUCCUCUCAUUAUUGAAGCUGUCGCCGUCAAAGCCCAGAAAAUCCCACACUGUCUUUCAUACGCGACCACUACGUUCUGCUACUCCACUUACUACAGCAUCAGCGUAUCUUUGA